UUACAUUUUAUGAGCCUCAUUUGAAAAUGCUUAUUUUUUUCCGAUACUAAGUAGUGUGCAUCUUGCUUGUGAUGCGCAAAAAGGAUCUUUCUUUAGUGAUCUAAGUACUAUAAUAUGAGCUUUUUUAUUCUUUUCUUCCCCAAAUAGUAAAGGGUUUCUGGGCAACCACAAAGAUGUCACCUUUAUGAACUCCUCUCCUUUAAUUAAGCCAGUUUCUGUUCAUCAUCUCCACAAUCUAUCUCUCUGUUAUAUCCUUUCGGGUGGAAACAUGCUACCAGUACAGAAAAACAAUGUGGGUGAUCGCCGACAAGUUCAUAGGACCCACUCCGCUAAAUAUUACAUAGAUCGGGUUCAUGACACCCUUACAACAAGGGUUUCCAAAUUGAUAUGUGCAGUAAUCAUCGGUCUUCUUAUCAUAAUCAGCAUCUUAACAUUCAUUCUCUGGCUCAGCCUUCGCCCCCACCGACCCAAGUUCCACGUUCGCGAGUUUUCCAUUCCAGCCUUGGCUCAAGCAAACGGGUUCGAUGGCGCUCAAGUAAUCUUCAACAUUACUGCCCGUAACCCUAAUCUGAACGUCGGGUAUUACUACGACGACGCCAUGCAGGUAGUGUUGUAUUAUCAAGAUGAGGAUAUUGGAUCAACAACUUUGUUGCAUCCUUUCCUUCAAGAGCCUAAGAACGAGACGAUUCUCUAUGGGGUUCUGAGCGGGCCAACUUUGUUGAUGAACAACCAGAGAUGGAUGCAGUUUCAGGCUGAUCGAGCCAAAGGAGCGGUUAUUUUCAGGCUUAGUGUGUCGUCGACAAUUCGUUUCAAGGUGUCUUCUUGGAAUAGUCACAGCCAUAAGAUACACGUUAAUUGCGAGGUUGGUGUUGGUCCUGAUGGAUUGCUUUUGCCUAGAUAUAUUAACAUCAAGAAAUGCCCUGUUUAUUUCAGUUGAUUUACUGUUUGUAUCUCAUUUCUAUCUUUCAUUUUGUUUUGUUUUUUAAUUAUUUGAUUAUUAUGGUUAAUUUUAAUGUAUUAA